AUGGAGGAAGAAGAAGAGAAAAAGGAGGAUGAAGAGGAGGAGACAAUGAUGCUGGUGGGCAUUUGCUUCAUGGUACUGCUGCAACAAGCGGCCAGCAUGGUCUCAAAUGCUUGUCUUUCUAAAGUAUUAAGAAACAUUGCUACCAUAUUCCUGGUUUCCAGUCUAGGAAUGGGUAACACAAGAAUAAAAGCUACAUUUGCAGAGACAAUGAUGCUGGUGGGCAUUUGCUUCAUGGUACUGCUGCAACAAGCGGCCAGCAUGUCAAAUACCUCAGUUUUCAAUUUUUUGACUCAACGUCCAUCAGUCCAAAUGGAGAUUAUUAAUAAGCACAAUGACCUUAGAAGGAUGGCAAGUCCCAGUGCCAGCAACAUGCUUAAAAUGACAUGGAAUGACGCAGUUGCGAGGAAUGCUGCAAACUGGGCAAACAAGUGUACCUUGUCUCACAGUCCUUCAUCUGAACGACGAAUCACCACUGGUUGUGGAGAGAAUUUAUACAUGUCCAGUAGUCCCAAAUCAUGGUCAGAUGCAAUCCAAUCUCUUUACGAUGAAGUUAAAGAUUUCAAAUAUGGAUAUGGAGGUACUCGAGCAAAUGCUGUAACUGGCCAUUACACCCAGCUCGUUUGGGCCACUUCCCACCAACUUGGCUGUGCAUUAGCCCACUGUCCUCACAGCAAACUUCAGUAUUACUAUGUUUGCCAUUAUUGCCCUGCCGGGAACCACUUUAAUACCAUCAGGACCCCAUACAAAAGAGGGAGACCAUGUCAAGACUGCCCUCAUCAUUGUGAUAAUGGGCUUUGCACCAAUUCCUGCAUGAAGGCGGAUAAGAUAUCGAAUUGUGACUAUUUGGUCAGAAAAGUAGGGUGUGAUGACAAAAUCACAAAAGCAAAAUGCCAGGCCACCUGUCAAUGCCCUUCUUCAAUAAAAUAAAACAC